AUGGCCGGGACGCGCUGGGUGCUCGGGGCGCUGCUCCGUGGUUGCGGCUGCAACUGCAGCAGCUGCCGGCGCACCGGAGCAGCCUGCCUGCCCUUUUACUCGACCUCCGGCUCCUUUCCCUCGGGAGUCUCGGGCCGCCGCCGCCUGCUGCUGCUGCUCGGGGCCGCCGCGGCCGCCGCCUCUCAGACGCGGGGCUUCCAGAGCGGGCCUGUGACCGCCGGGAGGCUGGCGGGCCCUCCCACCGCGGCCGCGUCCGCCGCCGCCUCGUACCCGGCCCUGCGCGCCCCAUUGCUGCCGCAGUCACUGGCGGCGGCUGCGGCGGGCCCAGCGCGGGGCUACAGCCAGGAAUCCAAAACUACCUACCUGGAGGACCUUCCACCUCUCCCUGAGUAUGAAUUGCCUCCGUCCAAGUUGGGAGAGGAAGUGGAUGAUGUUUAUCUCAUUCGAGCUCAAGGAUUACCAUGGUCCUGCACUGUAGAAGAUGUCCUUAGCUUUUUCUCAGACUGCAGAAUUCGCAACGGUGAGAAUGGAAUUCACUUCCUCUUAAAUAGAGAUGGGAAACGAAGGGGUGAUGCCUUAAUUGAAAUGGAGUCAGAGCAGGAUGUGCAAAAAGCCUUAGAAAAACACCGCAUGUACAUGGGGCAGCGGUAUGUGGAAGUCUAUGAGAUAAACAAUGAAGAUGUGGAUGCCUUAAUGAAGAGCCUGCAUGUCAAAUCUGCACCUGUGGUAAAUGAUGGCGUGGUUCGCUUGAGAGGACUUCCUUAUAGUUGCAAUGAGAAAGACAUCGUAGAUUUCUUUGCAGGACUGAAUAUAGUAGACAUUACUUUUGUCAUGGAUUAUAGAGGGAGAAGAAAAACAGGAGAAGCCUAUGUGCAGUUUGAAGAACCAGAAAUGGCCAGCCAAGCCCUUUUGAAACACAGGGAAGAAAUUGGCAACCGAUAUAUAGAGAUAUUUCCAAGCAGAAGGAAUGAAGUUCGAACACACGUUGGUUCUCAUAAGGGAAAGAAAAUAGCAUCUUCUCCCACUGCUAAAUAUAUAACUGAGCCAGAAAUGGUCUUUGAAGAGCAUGAAGUAAAUGAGGAUGUCCGACCCAUGACAGCUUUUGAAAGUGAGAAGGAAAUAGAAUUGCCUAAGGAGAUGUCAGAAAAGCUUCCAGAGGCUGUUGAUUUUGGAACUACGUCGUCACUACAUUUUGUCCACAUGAGAGGAUUGCCUUUCCAAGCCAAUGCCCAAGACAUUAUAAAUUUUUUUGCUCCAUUGAAGCCUGUUAGAAUCACCAUGGAAUACAGUUCCAGUGGGAAGGCCACUGGAGAAGCUGAUGUGCACUUCGAUACCCAUGAGGAUGCUGUUGCAGCUAUGCUCAAGGAUCGGUCCCAUGUUCACCAUAGGUAUAUUGAAUUGUUCCUGAAUUCAUGUCCGAAAGGAAAAUAA